AUGAGUGAAGAAAUUUCGGUUAGUGGUGACAGUUUGCUUACGGCGUUGUUGUCGGGAACUACAGCAGCUGCAAUAUCCGCAACUUUAACGUAUCCAUUAGAUUGUAUUAAAACACAACAGCAGCUUAAUGAUUCAGGGAAAAUGCAGAAAUUUAAUAUUCCAGGUAAUUAUCCGAGUACAAUUGCCCAGUUAUUCAAGGGAGGUAGUGCGUUGGUUGUCGGUACCGUAAUGAAGAAUUCGGCAAGACUAGUUCUGUAUAACUGGCUGACAAAAUUUAUGACCCUGGAUAGUUCUGAUAGUCAUGGUCAUAAGAAGAUUAGUGCUCCAAGGAUUGUGAUUGCGGGUGUUAUGAGUGGGUUCCUUGAAACAUUGUGGAUAAUUCCGUUUGAAAACAUCAAGAUUACGAUGAUUCAGAACAUGACAUUACAUAAUGAGAUUGCAAGAGCAGCAAAACAUGGAAUUAAAUAUGAUGUUACAGGGACCACAGUGUUAAACAAGCACCAUAAGCCAACUGCAAAUAUCUUUAGUAAACAAUACGUUUCGCCGCAUGCGUAUUUCACAGCAGAUAUACUAUCACAAUAUAGGGCGAAUAAUAAACCAACCAGUAGGUUCCAGGUUGCUACAAAACAUCACACCACUAAGGAAGCUUUAAAGGCUAAAUACAAUAAGCAUCCUACAAUGACAUUCCUUGGAACCAUCCGUGAAAUCUAUUCGCUUAAGGGCUUGAAGGGAUUCCUGUCCGGUACAUGCAUAACUAUGGUUCGUCAAGUAGCUAUUUCGACCGUAUGGUUGUCAACAUAUAAUGCUACAAGACAAUUGCUUGAUCCACACAGUAAUAGUAAUGAACAAAGUUGGUUUGGCCAUAAGCAUACCGCUUUCCAACUGCUUGGGUUACAUUUGUUCUCGUCUAUAGCUGUCGUGGCGUUAACCGAACCUUUGGAUGUAGUCAAAAGUCAUUUGCAGCUGAAAAACGGUAAACAAAUUUACAAAGAUUCUUUAUCAACCGCAUUUAGGUUAUUUAUGGAGCAAGGGUAUAGAUCAUUAUGGAAAGGUGCUUUACCUAGAGGGAUUAAAAUUACGGUAAAUGGUGGUUUAACAGCAUCUAUUUAUAACUAUGUCGAUCAAAUUGUCGGUGUUGCUGGAGGGCAGACUGUUUUUGCUGAAUGA